AUGGCAUCCUCCGACAAUUUCCCCAGGGCGUCUCACGAGUCCUUCGAGUCCGACACCUCAGUUUCUACUACCAGCAUUGUAUUCGACCGUAUCAACGAACGCAUGUCAAGUCACAAUCCCUCUUCCAAGCGCCGGACGUCUCCCCCUGCUCCCCGUCGAAGCAACGCUCCUUAUGCCGACCGAGAAACCCUCUCCGACUUCGACGACGAUGACCCCAUCAAGGAGGAGGCGUCCAGCGACCUCGAGACCGGCCCAUUCCUCCCCAAUGGCAACACCAUCGCCCGUCCCAAGUACAUGGACAGGAGUCUGAAGCGCCUGGUCCUGAUCUUGUCUGGUCUCUUCGUCGCCGGAUGGGUCAUCGCCCUGGCCCUUUACGUAUCCUCCAAGUCCUACAAGCACAGCUCCGACUUCGAACAUGACCCGCAAGCUACCGUCGCGCGGGGCAGUGGUAAGAAGCUCACCCUCGACGAGGUCAUGUCGGGCCUCUGGAGUCCUAAUACUCACACCAUGAGCUGGGUUGCCGGCGCAAAUGGGGAAGACGGGCUGCUUCUUGAGCAGGGCGCCAUCGGUAAAGACUUCUUAGUGGUGGAGGACGUUAGGAGCAAGAACCCAGAAGCCACGGCGGGCGUCGGUGCUGCCCAGUCCAUGACCUUGAUCAAGGGCAGCAGAUUCAACUAUGGAGGAAAGCAACGCGAAAUCGUGGGAGCAUGGCCCAGCUCGGAUAUGAAAAAGGUUCUCAUCAGCACCGAUAGAGAGAAAGGCUUCAGACAUUCCUUUACGGCCAAGUACUGGAUCUUCGACGUUGCUCGACAAAGCGCGGAGCCAUUAAUUCCCGGAGCUGCCGAUGCCACGCUGCAGCUUGCCAAGUGGAGCCCCACGAGCAAUGCAAUCGCCUUCGUCAGGGACAAUAAUUUGUACAUUCGAUGGGCUGGAUCCCAAGAGGUCCGCCAAAUCACUAAGGACGGGGGUCAAAACUACUUCUAUGGCCGCCCGGACUGGGUCUACGAAGAGGAGGUUCUCGGCGCAGACGGUGCCACGUGGUGGUCAGAAGACGGUAAAUACCUCGCCUUUUUCAGGACAAAUGACACAGAGGUACCCGAAUACCCCGUCCAAUACUUUAUAUCCAAGCCCGAGGGAGGAGAUGGUACCCCGGAGAACUACCCGCAGGAGCUCUACAUGAAGUACCCCAAGGCAGGCGCGCCCAAUCCCGUUGUGGACUUGCUCUUCCACGAUGUCGAUCAAGGCGACAACUUCGAGGUAAACAUUGAUGGUGGCUUUGCAGACGAGGAUCGUCUCAUUACUACUGUCGUUUGGGCAGGACAGAACGUUCUCAUCAAGGAGACCAACCGAAUCUCCGAUGUUAUGCGUGUGGUUCUGGUCGACGUCGCAACCCGGACUGGAAAGACUGUCAGGACGGUUGACGUGGGAAAGCUAGACGGAGGCUGGUUCGAGAUCUCUCAGAACACUCGAUAUAUCCCUGCUGAUCCGACGAACCAGCGGCCCGAUGCUGGUUACAUCGACACAAUCAUCUACGACGACGGCGACCAUUUGGCCUACUUUUCUCCCUUGGACAACCCAGAACCCACCAUGCUCACCAAGGGAAAUUGGGAGGUGGAGAGCGCCCCCUCGGCGGUGGAUUUGAAGAACAACCUCGUCUACUUCAUCGCGAGCAAAGAAUCCUCAACUCAGCGCCACGUAUACACGGUCAAGAUAGACGGGACUGAUUUGAAGCCCAUGACAGAUAUCUCCCAGGAAGCCUACUACUCUGCAUCGUUCUCCUCUGGCGCAGGAUAUGCUUUGUUGAAUUACCAAGGCCCCAAAAUCCCAUGGCAGAAGGUUUUGAGCACGCCUAGCAACCCCGAAAAGUACGAGCACGUUGUGGAGACCAACAAGGAUCUUGCAGAGCGCGCUAAGAAGUACGAGCUGCCGAUCAAGAUCUACGGCACGAUUUCCGUUGAUGGGGUCGACCUGAAUUACGUAGAACGGCGACCGGCUCACUUCAACCCUAAGAAGAAGUACCCUGUCUUGUUCUACCAGUACAGUGGCCCAGGCUCGCAGGAGGUCAAGAAGCAGUUCAAGCAGGACUUUCAAUCCUCCCUGACACACCAUGGCUACAUUGUUGUGACAGUUGAUGGCCGUGGCACUGGCUUUAUCGGCCGGAAGAAUCGUGUGCUCGUCCGCGGCCAGCUGGGCCAUUGGGAGUCGCACGACCAGAUCGCGGCCGCAAAGCACUGGGCGUCGCUCUCGUACGUCGACGCCUCCCGGAUCGCGAUCUGGGGUUGGUCGUACGGCGGGUACAUGGCGCUCAAGACACUGGAGCAGGAUGCGGGGCAGACUUUCAGCUACGGUAUGGCCGUGGCUCCCGUGACGGACUGGCGGUACUACGAUUCGAUCUACACGGAGCGGUACAUGAAGACUCCGCAGGAGAACGCGGCAGGCUACGACGGUACGGCCGUCAGCAACGCGACGGCGCUGGCGCAGAACGUGCGCUUCCUGAUCAUGCACGGCACGGCGGACGACAACGUCCACAUGCAGAACACGCUGACGCUGCUGGACAGGCUCGACCAGGCGGGCGUGUCCGACUACGACGUCCACGUGUUCCCGGACUCGGACCACAGCAUCUACUUCCACAACGCUAACUCCAUCGUCUACACCAAGCUCCAGGACUGGCUUGUCAAUGCCUUCAAUGGGGAGUGGCUGAAGAUCGCGGAUCCGGUGUCGAAGGAUGCGAAUAAGCGGAAGCGGGAGAUCCGAUGUGAGGCUGUCCUAUUCAGGUUCAGUUAUCCUAUGGCUACCGUCGCGCUCGCGCUGCGUAAGACUGGUCUCGACGAAGAAGUGUACGCUCGAUCAUUGCGGCCCACCCCAUACCUGAAUGGCGAGGGAUGCGCCGCACCCAAGAUCGUUCGCUGUGUGUCUGAUCUCCAUUCUGUCCGGGAGAGUUCAACAGUCCUGGCCAUGGCCACCGCUGUGUCAACACUUCCUAGCUUCCUGCUGCCCCGGCUGAGCUGGACUGCACCCGUGGCAAAGCAAUGCGUAGCGACAUCCUUGGCCGCGUCCAGGACGAGCAACCUGCGAUCAUGGCAACCCCCGGCACGGUCUAUACACAAUGACAGAGGUCCGAUGCGACGCGAUGGCAUCCAGUCCGCCAAUAACAAGCCCUCGGUCCUCCGACAGCCUGGCCUGCGGAGAGCGUUUCAUGCCUCGGCUCCUCGAAGGAGAGAUCACCACUUCGACACGCUCAAGUUCGUCCAGCGGUUGCAAACAGAGGGUUUCACGGAGGAGCAGUCAGUGGCUAUGAUGAAAGUACUGAAUGACGUGAUCGAAGAAAGCAUCCAGAACCUGACGCGCACGAUGGUCCUCCGCGAGGACGCGGCCAAGGCGACGUACACUCAAAAGGUGGACUUCGCGACGCUGCGGUCGGAGCUGCUGUCGGCGGACAGCACCGAGUCGAACGCGACGCGGUCGGCGCACGAGCGCCUGACCAACGACAUCGCCAAGCUCAACAACCGGCUCAAGGACGAGAUUGGGCGCACGCAGGCCAGCGUGCGGCUGGACCUCAACCUCGAGAAGGGCCGCAUCCGCGAGGAGGCCGUGUCGCAGGAGCUGCGCAUCAAGGAGACCGAGACCAAGAUCGAGCAGGAGGCCGGGGCCCUGCGCCAGCAGCUCGAGAUGGUCAAGUUCCAGACGCUGCAGUGGCUCAUUGGUGUGUGCACCGGUUUCGCGGCGCUGAUGCUUGGUGCUUGGCGGUUGUUGAUGUGA